UUCUGAUGAUGUCAGCAGGCAGCUUGCUAUUCUGAGGCAAACAGCAUGCAAAGCUACAGCUUCAGGCUUGAAUACAAGUAAGAUUUUGCUAUAUUUAGGGAGACAUGAGGAGCCCAGGGGGGCUAGAUGGGGGUUUGAACACUAUAGGGUCAGGAAUACAUGUUUGUAUUCCUGACCCUAUAGUGUUGCUUUAAUGUUUUCACUACUUGUAAAUGAAACACUGCACAAAUUAACAGUGACACCAAAAUGUUAAAAUACUGCCUCUAAAGGCCAAAGCUAUUUAUUCACUGAACAGUGAAUUUAACUGAAUACAAAUUUCACAAUUCAGGCCAAAAUAUAUAAUUUGGAAAAAUGUUCCAACUCUGCGCCAAUUACAGCUUGGCUAUGUUUGCCUGACUUUUGCAGUUUGGAUUUUCGUACAUGACUGUUCACUGUUUGGGUAAUAAACCAUAUAUGGUUUGCUUAAUAUGGAACUGCUAUGAAUUGUCAAGGCAAUUGAAAAAGUAGCUCAAAAUUGUGGAACUGCCAUAUUCAAGAAUUUGCCUGACGUCUAUUUUUCCCUAACGUUUUCAAUUACCUUGUCAGUUCACUGUCACACAUAAAUUCCAAUUCAUUUGCGAUACAACUGCCAGAGCACUGAAAGAUUGUACAAAAACCUGCAGAACCUUUUUUUUUUUUUUAAUGUAUAGGUCAGGGAUAGGCAACCUUCGGCGCUGUAGAUGUUUUGGGCUACACCUCCCACGAUGCUUUGCCAGCAUUAUGGCUGUAAGAGCAUUAUGGGGGAUGUAGUCCACAGGAUCUGGAGUGCCAAAUGUUGUCUACCCCUGGUAUAGGUGUAUUAAAGUUUUCCAAAAUAUAACAAGCCAGAAAAAAAAAACAUUUUGCAAUACAUGCAAUUACAUUUUGGCACAAGAACAUAGAAUUUGUUGCGAGUGCCUUUAGUUAAUAUCUUUGGAAAAGCUUUUCAAAUGAUUAAAUAUAUUCUGAUUAACUUUGAUACUGAUCUUUUUAAAAUAUAUAUAAAUAAAUAAAUAAAUUAAAUAUAUAUAUAUAUAUAUAUAUAUAUAUAUAUAUAAUGAUCAAUAUACCCAAACAUAUCUGAAAAUGUCAAAAUCUUAAAUCAUUUUAAAACUUUAUUCAAAAAUAUAAAAUUAUUUGAAAGCUAAUCCAAAAAUAUUAAAGGGACACUAUAGUCACAAAACAGCUUACUAAAGCAGUUCUAGUUUAUAGAUCAUGCUCCUGCAAUCUCACCACUCAAUUAUCUGCUAUUUCGGACUUAAAUCACUUUGUUUAUGCAGCCCAAGUCACACCUCCCUGCAUAUGACUUGCACAGCCUUCCUAACACUACCUGUAAAGAGUCAUCUAAUAUUUAUACUUCCUUUAUUGCAAAUUUUGUUUAAAGUAGAAGUUCUUAUCUCCUGCUCUGUUAAAAGCUUGCUAGACCCUGUAUGUGAUUAAAGGUCAAUUUAGAGAGCAGGAGAUACAAAAAUUUAAAGUAAGUUACUGAUUAAAAGUGAAACCUUUUUUCUUGCAGACUGUGUAAAUCACAGCCAGAGGAGGUGUGGUUAGGGCUGCAUAAACAGAAACAAAAGUGAUUUAACUCCUAAAUAGACUAGAUUUGAAAAGUGAGACUUCAGAGGCAUGAUCAGUACACCUAAACUGCUUCAUUAAGCUAAAGUUGUUUUGGUGACUAUAGUGUCCCUUUAACUCCUUAAGGACCAAACUUCAGGAAAAAAAGGGAAUCAUGACAUGUCACACAUGUCAAGUGUCCUUAAGGGGUUAAUUUAGUUGUUCUGGAGUCUACUGCCUGCCCCUGCAGGCUUUUUAAUUUAAACACUACCUUUUCAGAGAAAAAGCAAUGUUUACAUUACUGCCUAGGAACACUUCUAGUGGCAGUAACUCAGACGGCCACUAGAGGAGCUUCCUUGGUCCGUGCUGCAUGGAGACUGAAUGUUCCUCAUAGAGAUGCAGUAAUUCAAUGCAUGCACAAUAAGCUACACAAAGUGAUUGCAUGCAAGUUACAUUGCAAUGUGUUGCAAAUGUUUAAAGGACCACUCUAGGCACCCAGACCACUUCAGCUUAAUGAAGUGGUCUGGGUGCCAGGUCCUUCUAGGGUUAACCCAUUUUUUCAUAAUUAUAGCAGUUUCAGAGAAACUGCUAUAAUUAUGAAUGGGUUAAGCCUUCCCCCUAAUCCUCUAGUGGCUGUCUCAUUGACAGCCACUAGAGGCGCUUGCGUGCUUCUCACUGUGAAAAUCACAGUGAGAGCACGCCAGCGUCCAUAGGAAAGCAUUGUAAAUGCUUUCCUAUGCGACCGGCUGAAUGCACGUGCAGCUCUUGCCGUGCGGGCGCAUUCAGCCGACGGGGAGGAUCGGCGGAGGAGGAGAGGAAGCAGAGAGCUCCACGCCCAGCGCUGGAAAAAGGUAAGUUUACCCCCUUUCUCCCUUCCAGAGCCGGGCGGGAGGGGGUCCCUGAGGGUGGGGGCACCCUCAGGGCACUAUAGUGCCAGGAAAACGAGUAUGUUUUCCUGGCACUAUAGUGGUCCUUUAAAGGACCACUAUAGUGCCAGGACAACAUACUCGUUUUCCUGGCACUACAGUGCCCUGAGGGUGUCCCCACCCUCAGGGUCCCCCUCCGGCCGGGCUGGAUGGAGAGGAAUUGGUUAAACUUACCUCUUUCUCCAGCCGGGAAGGAGCUCUCCUUCUCCUCUCCUCCUUCUUCUCCUCCUCUUCCUCCUUGAUUUUCACAGUGAGAAACGCGGAAGCCCUCUAGCGGCUGUCAAUGAGACAGCCACUAGAAACUGGAUUAACCCUAACAUAAACAUAGCAGUUUCUCUAGAUGGACCAGGCACCCAGACCACCUCAUUAAGCUGAAGUGGUCUGGGUGCCUAGAGUGGUCCUUUAACUAAACUUCCGACACGUACUUGAUGGUCAACUUCAAACAAUCCUCCACCUGGUUUCAGAAUUUGCAACAACACAUUCAGAACUAUGGGUCACUAAUGAAUGCAUACACCACGCAAGCACUUAAAAAGUUCAACCAUCAUACAUACCGGUACCUUCCUUAUUUUGUGAAUGUGGGAGGUUCACUUUAAAGCUCAACCACUAAUAUAAGCAAACUGAUAAAUAUAAAUUUACCAACAAAUAGCAACAUUCUGAGGUAAUAUGUUGAGAAAAUGUACACAUGCGUUUGUUAAUUUCCAACAAUAGCUAUUCUCAUUGAAGAGCUUAUCCUUUAAAAAAAACACUCAAGGUGACAAAGCCAUUUCAAAGUUUAUUUAACCACACCUAUGGCAUAAACAGCCUGCAUCCAAGUCUCCUCUUCACUAACUCCUGUCACUAGAGGCCUAUAAUGCCAUUGAUAGCUGUGCCUAGGGCUGCAUAAUCAUUCAUUAAAAAAAAAAAAAAAAAACUCUAGUCAUUUUAUAGCUUGUAUUGAAUUAUUAUUGGCCCUGAGUUACAUUUUUACUGUAUAGGCGGUUCAAUAAAGACCUGCAGUGCUUAUUGUGUUUUGCAGAUUACAUUCACACUGAACUAGGCUUUAGAAUACUGCAGAGCAUAUUGUAUAUCCAAACUUGUAAACAACACAGCAACACACCAUAUAUAGAAGGCCUUUAAUAUAAUAAUUCACAUUUUAACAGCAGGCCAUCACCAAGGCUCGUUAGAUUCGUUCGGAUUCAUUGCAGAAUGUCAGGUUUUUUUGUAUCCCAAGCUUUCUAUGUAUAGAACGUCUCCCUGCGUCACCUGAUUUCGAAUAAAUAGGUCACAGAUAUGUUACUGCAUGAAUCAUCACAACCAGCUGAACAAAGUCAGAUCUUGGCGACUGAUUCAAAGCUAACAGUGUGUGUGUGACUGUGAGUGUAAGUGGUCUAGUUUUUAUUUCUAGUUAAUAUCAGGGGUAAGUGUUGUGGUUUAAAUAUGCUUUUUAAUCCUGUAUCACAAAGUGAUGCUUUGUCAGGUCCUAUGGGCAAUAAAUUGCAAAAUGUGUCUGCAUUUUAGCUCCAGGUAGAAGGUCAUACAGUAAUAUCAACAUUAAUAUGACUAUAUAUGAAUAUAUGAAAUACAGUAAAACGGUGUGUGUGUGUGUCAGUAUAUUCAGUUGUCAUUUUGCAAGCUAAUACAAUUAUCAAAUUGUAACCAUUUUAUAGUGAAGCCUGCAUUGUUUUGAAACCAUAUAUCAAGCCCUGCAAUUCACUGGUUUAACACACUUACACUUUCUUGCAUAAAAUGAUAAAAACACAGCAUGUAAAAGAAUUCAUAGGUCUGCUAUGCAAUAUAAUGCUUCUGAAUAAUAGUAAGAGAUCAGCUGUCAGAAUAUUUCACAGUCAAUAAAAACAUUUUGCAUAUUUUUUUAUUUAUUAAGAAUAAAUGACCUGGGAGAUUAUUUCUCUCCUAUCUAAGAAUAAAAGGUUAUGCAAUGCACUGGAAUUCGACCAACACAUUCAGCAGCAUGUAAUAGAAUAGGUGAAGGCUUACCUCAUUUAUUUGCAAGAAGGUUCAGAAUUUAGGAAUUCGUUGGGAAGGAUUUGUUUGCAGACACAGAUCUAGGUGGGAGAUGGAUGAAGAGAGAAAAUCCUGCAGUGCAAAUCUGCUUCUGUGGCUAAUUCUCUUAUCCUGCACCCAGUUCCUUGGUCUACAUGCACACUGUGCUACAUGAGGAAUGCAUAGGGCUACUUUUUCACUGUCUGGCUACCUGCUCGGUGUUUUCCAUCCCAGCCACCCUGUACCCCCAAACAUCUAAGCCUCCCCCUGAUCCCUUACAUUCUGUUGCCAUACAGAAUUCCACUGAAUCCCUCCCUGAAGGUGUGUACAGGAUAGGACAGAAGGAACAGAGCUCCUAUCAGCAUCCAUUGCAGGCAGCUGGUAUCAGCCAAUGGGGGAGAGCAAAUAGAGAGAGUAACUUAGUAACCGUGCUGCUCUCUGUCUGUUCUAUAGUAUGUGACAGGUAACCCUUUCUCUGCCUGGGAGAUGGGAAAUUGACCAGUGAUACUGGAAGCUGAAACAGACCUCUGGCAUGUGCUGUUACAUUGGAUGGUGUCAUUAUAGUUGUGUACAGUAGGAAGAGAUGUCUUGUAACUGGGCAGAAAGAAAAAUGUGUGUUAUGGUAGUUUAAAUGUAGAAUGGAGAGAGAGAGAGACAGACAGACAGAUUUUUAUUCAUUAUUAGUGAAGAUUAACUAUUACUAUACCAUUAUCGGUUAUGCUUUAAACAUGUAAAUGUCAAGAAUUGAUCUGGGUAUGUUUUAAGAAAACCUCAAUAGUGUUAUUUAUGAAAUGUAGCAAAUUUAAUCCAUAUUGUAAAUUUCAUGCUAAAAUAGUCAAGCUCUGAAUACUACUGAAUAAGACAAUCUUUCCAGACCACCUGUUAAAGGCAGCACUUUGCCAUUCAGAUUUCAUUAGCUAAAAAUUAAAAGUUUCGUGAAUAACCCUGUAUGUAUCUUGAGUUGGAUAUUUUUUUCAAACACCCCUUCCCCUUUACAAACCCCUGCCCGUUUUACAAACCCCCUGCCCCCUAUAGUAGACCCUUCUGCACCCUUUAAACUUUCCCUUUUACAACCCCCUCACUUUACAAACCUCCUGCCAACCUUUUCACAAUCCCCCCUUCUCUUUUUACAAACCCCUGUCCCCUUCUACAAACUCCUGCCAUGCCCUUCCUUCUACAAAACCCUUGCCACCCCUUCUAAAAAAAAAAAAAACUGCCCCCUUUUACAAAAACCCCUGCCCUCCCCUUUACAAACUCCUUUCCUCCCCUAUAACAGACCCAUCUGCCCCCCUGUUAAACUCUCUCUCUCUUUUAUAACCCCCUCCCUUUACAAAGACCCCUGCCAACCCUUUUAGAAUCCACCCUCCCUUUACAAACUACUGCCCCCUCCCCUUUUACAAACCCCCUGUACCCCCUGAAGGUGUGUACAGGAUAGGACAGAGGGAACAGAGCUCCUAUCAGCAUCCAUUGCAGGCAGCUGGUAUCAGCCAAUGAGGGAGAGCAAAUAGAGAGAGUAACUUAGUAACCGUGCUGCUCUCUGUCUGUUCUAUAGUGACAGGUAACCCUUUCUCUGCCUGGGAGAUGGGAAAUGGACCAGUGAUACUGGAAGCUGAAACAGACCUCUGGCAUGUGCUGUUACAUUGGAUGGUGUCAUUAUAGUUGUGUACAGUAGGGAGAGAUGUCUUGUAACUAGGCAGAAAGGAAACAGGUGUUAUGGUAGUUUAAAUGUAGAAUGGAGACAGAGAGAGACAGACAGACAGACGGACAGAUUUUUAUUUAUUAUUUGUGAAGAUUAACUAUUACUGUGCCAUUAUGGGUUAUGCUUUAAACAUGUAAAUGUCAAGAAUUGAUCUGGCUAUGUUUUAAGAAAAUCUCAAUAGUGUUAUUUAUGAAAUAUAGCAAAUUUAAUCCAUAUUGUAAAUUUUCAUGCUAAAAUAGUCAAGCUCUGAAUACUACUGAAUUAGACAAUCUUUCCAGACCACCGGUUAAAGGCAGCACUUUGCCAUUCAGAUUUCAUUAGCUAAAAAUUAAAAGUUUCGUGAAUAACCCUGUAUGUAUCUUGAGUUGGAUAUUUUUUUAAAACUCCCCUUCCCCUUUAAAAAACCCUGCCCGUUUUACAAACCCCCUGCCCCCCUAUAAUAGACCCUUCUGCACCCUUUUAAACUUUCCCUCUUUUACAACCCCCCUCACUUUACAAACCUCCCGCCAACUUUUUCACAAUCCCCCCUUCCCUUUUUACAAACCCCUGUCCCCCUUCUACAAACUCCUGCCACACCCUUCCUUCUAAAAAACCCUUGCCACCCCUUCUAAAAAAAACUGCCCCCCUUUACAAAAAACCCUGCCCUCCCCUUUACAAACUCCUUUCCUCGACCUAUAACAGACCCACCUGCCCCCCUGUUAAACUCUCUUUCUUUUAUAACCCCCCUCCCUUUACAAAGACCCCUGACAACCCUUUUACAAUCCACCCUCCCUUUACAAACUACUGCCCCCUCCCCUUUUACAAACCCCCUGUACCCCCUGAAGGUGUGUACAGGAUAGGACAGAGGGAACAGAGCUCCUAUCAGCAUCCAUUGCAGGCAGCUGCUGGUAUCAGCCAAUGGGGGAGAGCAAAUAGAGUGAGUAACUUAGUAACCGUGCUGCUCUCUGUCUGUUCUAUAGUAUGUGACAGGUAACCCUUUCUCUGCCUGGGAGAUGGGAAAUGGACCAGUGAUACUGGAAGCUGAAACAGACCUCUUGCAUGUGCUGUUACGUUGGAUGGUGUAAUUAUAGUUGUGUACAGUAGGAAGAGAUGUCUUGUAACUGGGCAGAAAGGAAAUGUGUGUUAUGGUAGUUUAAAUGUAGAAUGGAGAGAGAGAGAGACAGAGAGACAGACAGAUUUUUAUUUAUUAUUAGUGAAGAUUAACUAUUACUAUACCAUUAUGGGUUAUGCUUUAAACAUGUAAAUGUCAAGAAUUGAUCUGGGUAUAUUUUAAGAAAACCUCAACAGUUUUAUGUAUGAAAUAUAGCAAAUUUAAUCCAUAUAGUAAAUUUCAUGCUAAAAUAGUCAAGCUCUGAAUACUACUUAAUUAGACAAUCUUUCCAGACCACCGGUUAAAGGCAGCACUUUGCCAUUCAGAUUUCAUUAGCUAAAAAAUAAAAGUUUGUGAAUAACCCUGUAUGUAUCUUGAGUUGGAUAUUUUGUUUAAGGUUUGUACCAGGGGUCAAGUCCUGCAGAAAAAAGUUUGGGAACACCCCCCCACUGUCCACAGAAUAUUUUGCCAGUACUGCUGUGGAACAUCCAGGUGCUCUUGUGCAAACUGUAAACGUGCAGCAAUGUUUUGUUUGGACAGCAGUGGCUUCCUCUGUGGUAUCCUCCCAUGAAAUCCAUUCUUGUUUAGUGUUUUACGUAUUGUAGAUUCGCUAACAGGGAUGUUAGCAUUUUCCAGUGACUUUUGUAAGUCUUUAGCUGACACUCUAGGAUUCUUCUUCACCUCACUGAGCAGUCUGCGUGUGCUCUUGCAGUCAUCUUUACAGGACGUCCACUCCUAUGGAGAGUAGCAGCAGUGCUGAACUUUCUCCAUUUAUAGACAAUUUGUCUUACCGUGGACUGAUGAACAGCAAGGCUUUUGGAGAUACUUUUAUAACCCUUUCCAGCUUUAUGCAAGUCAACAAUUCUUAAUCGUAGGUCUUCUGAGAGCUCUUUUGUGCGAGGCAUCAUUCACAUCAGGCAAUGCUUCUUGUGAAAAGCAAACCCAGAACUGGUGUGUGUUUUUUAUAGGGCAGGGCAGCUGUAACCAACACCUCCAAUCUCAUCUCAUUGAUUGGACUCCAGUUGGCUGACAUCUCACUCCAAUUAGCUCUUGGAGAUGUCAUUAGUCUAGGGGUUCACAUACUUUUUCCACCUGCACUGUGAAUGUUUACAUGGUGUGUUCAAUAAAAACAUGGCAACAUUUCAUUCUUUGUGUGUUAUUAGUUUAAGCAGACUGUGAUUGUCUAUUGUUGUGACUUAGAUGAUGAUCAGAUCACAUUUUAUGACCAAUUUGUGCAGAAAUCCAUAUCAUUCCAAAGGGUUCACAUACUUUUUCUUGCAGCUGUAUAUAUGUAUAUAUUUUUUAAAAUUAUUUUUAUAUAGGUAUUUUUUAUAUAGGUAUAUAUAUAGUGAUAUAUACGUAUAUACUUAUGUAUAUAGAUAUAUAUAUAUUAUUUUGUUCUACAUUUUUAUAUCAAUAUAUAUAUAUAUUUAUGUUAAAAUACAGUUAGAACGAAUUUACACAUAUAUAUAUUUUUUAUUUAUUUUUUUAAAUUUUUUAAAUUUUUUUAUAUUAUAUAUAAAUAUAUAUAUAUAUUAUGAUAAUUAUAUAUCUAUUUAAUCAAUAUCAUUCUACGUGUAAACACGCCCCCUCUCAAAGUGAGUAUGUUGGUUCUCACAUCUUAUUUUUUUUUUCAGUUCACUACAAUUGGAUAUUUAAUUAAUAAACCCCCAAAACUUACAGAAGAAAUCUAUGUCAUGCAUCAUUGCGAUCAAAUACUGGAUAUUAUUAAUAUAAAUGCAUGACUGAACACAUACCAGCCAUUUAGCAAUUCAUACAAAACUUCAAAGCUAUUGCACAUGGUUUACAUGCCAAAUAUAUAAGUAUCUCAUGAAAAUUAUAUCUUUCUGGAAAAAAAUACAGCCAUAUUAUAUCCCAGAAACAUACAUAUGAAAGCAUAUAUGAUUAAAUUUGAGAGAAAAAAAAUAUUUUUCACAGCUCAAAUCUCAAAAAUUACCAAAACAAUCAUUUGUAGUGGCAGAUUGUCAACAUACAAAACAUGCCAAAACUUGCCAAGCUCUACCAUUUAUUUUAAAAGCACUUCCAGCAACUACAAACAGCAGAAAUAUAUUAACUUGUUGGCAGGUGUCAAAAGAGAGAUGAACUGAAUUAAAUAUUUAUAAAGCAAGAUAGGCCCAAGUAUUCUUGGUGCCUGAGGCAUAUUAGCUUAUUUAUUGUCAUAAUUAAAAUCCCUGCAUUUUACAUAAUUGGGCUCAACAAUUUCCUGGCAUCCUAACCAAUUUGCUACCUGAGUGUAUCCCUCGUGGUUAACAGUAUUAACCAAUUAAUAGGCACAUCUUCUGAACUGUAUUUUUUUUUUUAAGGAUUAUUAAAAGCAGGCCUGCCUUGUAUAUAUAUAUAUAUUUUUUUUUUAUCAGUAUUUUUUUUUAUAUAUAUUUUUUUCAAUUAUUGACAAUUUGGUCAAGUAUAUUCUGACAUCAUAUCUACAAGUUGCUUCAUAACAGUUUGAUAUUAAUAUAGCAAAAUUAAAUACGUUAUUCCAGUGUAUUCCAGCAUAUAUCCAAAUUUAUAUAACAUCUAUACAGGAAUAACUAAGAAUACACCAUAGUACUAAAAUAAACUGCACCCUAAAGGUACACCCGUCACAAGAGCAUACAAUAUAUAUACAACAAGUAAAACAGAUAGAUCGUUGAGAUAUCCAGAGAGAACAGGGAAAACGCUCAAUUCCAGCGAUACUUCUUAAGCAAGAUUAAAUCAGCACGGAGCCACUUAGGAGUAAGAUUUAUCAAUACACUACAAAGUAGAUGUGGCUAUGCCAGGAUAAUGCUGACUUGGAGGAAUUAACUCUAUCAUUUGUAAUAAUCAGACCAAUUUUCCCAUAUCUUAUUAUAGGUAUCCAUGUUGCUGUCCUUAAAAUAAACAAUCUUUUCAAUUAUACUCUGAUAAUUGAUUUGGUAGGUUUCAUAGAUUUGCCUUGUAAAUUUUAAACACGGCAAUGCCCUUAUCUACUAAUGUCCUAUUUGGGGACGUAUUGCGGAACUAGUACUUUAAGUGGCUGGUUCUAUUGCUAAUGACCUAAUUCUGUCAAGCAAUGUUCUACUGCUGUAAAUGAAAUAUAAAUAAUAAUAACUCACUUACUUGUGUAUUUGGGUCUUCUUGUAUGUCCCAGUGACAUCUGAUUUGAUUUUAUAUCAUUUGUACAUCUGGUGUCUGAAUGGAUAAUUUACAAGGACAUCCUCUGAAUGCCAUACUUUGUUUUCGACACCCUGUUAUUAAUUGAUGCUGUAAUUAGUCAGAAAUGUACUGGCAUGUUCUAACCAUAGAGAAGUCCGGAAAGGAUUACAAAUGCUUUUGUUUAUGUAACAGAGUAUAAAAACUUAUUUGGAGACGUUAACCCAUUAAUUAAAGGAAAAAGGCAAACCAGAAUGUAUCCAGCAUUUUCCAAAUGUAAGGCUACAGUGGAUUAAUAAAAGAAUAAACACAACAGAAUCAGGGCAUACUUUAUGCAGCCUACAAAUCUUAAGACACUGUAUAAAAUACCUAUAUUUAGAUGUAAUAUGUGCGGAUUUAAUCACUUCUACUGGGAAAUAUUUACAACAAAAAUCAAAAUCAAAAGAUUCUUAAUUUAUUUAUUUACAUAAGUGCUUUAUUUAAAGGGACACUGAAGGGACUAUAAAUUAACUGUGUUAUCUCAUUUAAGUGGUUAUAGUGCCUAGAGUUCCUUGGCACGGUCUUUCAUUCAGUAUUAAACUGUUUUUGAAUGGUUUAACAUGAAUUGGUAUGAUUAAGGAAGAAUGCUUUAGCCAUAUUUCCAGUGGGGGCCAUUCUGUGGGCGGUGAUGAACUCUCAUUAAGUGUGAAAGCAGCUCGGUUACAGUUUUGGGUCUUUGCAUAAUUUGCAAAGACCCCCUAUGGUGAUCUACCCCAGGGUGUCCUAGGAAUGGGGGAGCAGGGAAAUGUGAGAUUUACUUACUUCAACCUGUCCCUCGCAGGAAGUCGCUAUCCUCAUCUGCCGGCAUUCUCUUUGCCCCCUGUUGCUUUUGCUACCAGUAUCUAAGGUCAGUAUAUGAGCACGAGUACAGAACUGAGGUCUAUUGAGGAUCCCGCAACAGGGCUGGACUGGGAAUUUUUUUUAGCUGGGGCAGUUAAAAGCAAAGCAACCCACUAGAAGGGGCAGGAUCAAAAGGGUUAUGUUAUCAAUAAUGACAAGAAUCCCCCCUUACCCCCCCAAAAAAAAUAAGUAUAUUAGUGGUAUGCUCCUCAAGAGCAUCCACAGAGUCUUGCUAAAGUGCUCUCGGAUGGAGAGCAUGUCCUGUUUUUGUUUCUUCACAAUGCAAGCAAAUGCAAUUACAUGAAUGCACUGCUAUUGCUAGUCUGAUGUACCCAAUAGUGGGAGCGCUGCCUGACUCUUUUCCCAGUAACCUAAUCUUCCAACCAGCCUAUGAAGGUACAGAGCUCUUUCUCCUUUGAUCUCAGCUCCGUCAGCCUCUGUCCAUGGCCAUGUUGGCUCACCUGGUAUUUGCCCGGUUUGCCUGAUGGCUGGUCUGGGCAUGCUCCAUAGAGAUAGCUUUUAUUUCCCUACAAUGACAAGAAAUUACAAGCUUGACAAAAGGUAACUCUACCGAAAACGGGACACUCAGUGUACUGCAAAAUAUAUACAUAUUAUUAAUAUUAUCUAUAUAUUUUGCAAUUUGCAAAGAUUUAUAUUCCCGCUAUUUGUAUCUCACGUGGAGUGAGAUCUAUGCCAAUAUUUUGCUUAAAGUGACACUCCAAAUGAGCAAAAAAAAAUCACUGUUUAGUAAAUAUACCCCCAAUGAAUACAUGCUUGAAAAGGCUGCAGAUCUUAUGAACUUUACAAGCCCCCCCUUUUUUUUCCUAAAAUAAACUUUUAGUUUUCUUGAGACGCCUCCGAAUUGGUGCCCUCAUGCACCAUUGCUUCAGCUUGUGCAUGCGCACACAUCUGGUCUAAGGACAGGAGGAAGUAGGUGAGCUGAUCUGAGGUCUGUGGGGCAGAAGGCGUGUGCUCUCAAGUAGAGCAUGCCUGCCAUUUACUUUAGCUCAGGGGAUCAAACGGAUGGAGAAAGCAAACCAUAGUUAAUCUAUAAAAGAAAUUGAAAUCAGUACUUUUAUAAACUUUACUUUUGGGGUGUGGAGUGGUUCUUUAAGCAAAGUUCCAUUUCAGUUGCUUUCAAUCCAUCAGUCACAAGAAUACCACGAAAGGGCAAACUGCAGACAUCAUAGACAGAGGAGAACAAAAUGGAUGCGCACAGGUGUUGAGAUCCGCCCCAAAGAAGAAAAGAUACUAAAUAUAAAUAAAAACAAGGUGUGAGUAUAAUCAUUAAAAUACAGAUGGCACAAGGAAAAAUUAACAAGAAAAAAACAAACACGGCAGUGCCACUUUAAGGAAAUCAUUGAGCCUGUUAAUUUGCCAUGUGUUGCUACACAGCUUAAAGGACCACUAUAGUGCCAGAAAAACAUAUUCAUUUUCCUGGCACUAUAGUGCCCUGAGGGUGUCUCCACCCUCAGGGCCCCCCUCCCACCGGGCUCUAGGGGGUGGAAGGGGUUAAAUUUACCUCUUUCUGCAGCGCAGGGUGGGGAACUCUCCUCCUCCUCGGCUGAAUGCACAUGCGCGGCAUGAGCCGCACGCGCAUUCAGCCAGUCCAUAGGAAAGCAUUCGUAAUGCUUUCCUAUGGACGCUGGCGUCUUCUCACUGUGAAAACCACAGUGAGAAGUGCGAAAGCGCCUCUAGCGGCUGUCAAUGAGACAGCCACUAGAGGCUGAAUUAACCCAUAGGUAAACAUAGCAGUUUCUCUGAAACUGCUAUGUUUAUAGAAAAAAGGGUUAAUCCUAGCUGGACCUGGCACCCAGACCACUUCAUUAAGCUGAAGUGGUCUGGGUGCCUAUAGUGGUCCUUUGACCCCUUAACGACACAUGACAUGUGUGACAUGUCAUGAUUCCCUUUUAUUCCAGAAGAUUGGUCCUUAAGGGGUUAAAGACAGACACAAACUGUCCCUAGGAAGCUGAGCACUGCUGAUCUCACCACAAAGUAUUCAUCUCAGCAGCAUAUGAAUAAAAUAUAAUAUUAAUUAUUCUCCUCUGUGAUUACAUCACACGUAGCUUUGUGAAAAUGCCCACAUCAUCAGAUUCUCCUUGCUGUUUUAUUACUAUAUGUGCUUUUUGUGUUGUCUAAUUAAUUAUUGAGCAGUGAUAAGUAUGCUAAAGUCCCUAUGGAUAUGUGUGUUUUAUGAUAUGAUUAGUUUGGAUUUACAUCACUCUAAAGAUGGUCUUUUUUUUAAACCCAUAGAAAAGGUACUAGUAUAGAUCUGAGGACUUGAUGAAUGAGGAAAGGACGGGAAAGGGAAAGAAAGGAAGGGAAGGGAAAAGAAAAGGAAGGGAAGGGAAAGAAAGGGAAAGGAAAAGGAAGGGACAGGAAAAGGAAGGAAAGAAAGAAAGAAAGAAAGAAAGAAAGAAAGAAAGAAAGAAAAAUAAAAAAUUUGGCAACUCAAUGAACCAACCUCAAAGCAAUUUAUAUUAUAUAAGACAUUUUGGGAGAUGAGUUUUGUCAAGAUUAUUUUGGGCUAUAAAUUCCACCUUCACCACUUCGAAGCAACUGUAGAUGUAGAUUUCUGUUUUCAUUAAAGAGGUUAACUAGCAUUGUCAAGUUCUGUGAUUUUUCUUUUUAUAUUUUUUUCUAUCAUAGCAUAGCCAUACUAAGACCAAAAGACAACCCUCACUUCUUGAGCACGAGAUUUAUUUCCCUAGUUGGGGGGUUGAAAAAGAAGGAAAUACUGGACAAAGUCAUUCCUAAAUGGAUAAAAGGAAAUAUGAAAUACGAGUAUAGUUUGUAUUUAAGACUAAUUGUAACACCCAUAAAUAACAAAUGCUAUUUUUUCAAAUCUACACAUUGUGCCAGCAGAUUUUAGGUCUUUCUCACACCUGUCAAUCAAUUCUUCAGCAUAGACUCUGACUGACAUGAAGAGAAGAGACCUUUAACCGGUGUUCCUUCUGCUCUCCCAAGCAAAGCUAUCAUAACUUCAUAGCUGACGCUGCCUGUGUCGGCUAGGGAGAAUAGGAAACAAAUGACUAUUAUCACUCCAUUCAGGUACUGGCAUUUUGGCAACAUAGGAGGUUUGCCAUGCUUGGGGAAGCAUCCCAAAGGAUCCCAGGACAAAUCAAUGAAGACUGUGGCAGUGUGAGGGUGGAUGGGAAGUAGAUGUUACAGAAGUGUAACACCCACCUCUGUAAGGACAAUGUGUCAGUGGAUCUCAGGGUAAGGUAAGUGGGUGACAUAUAUAGCUUUUAUGUAGUGAAUUGCAGUUAGUUUGUAACUAAGCUUCAAAUUUUGAGUCAUAAGGGUGUGACAAGUGUGACAUUUUUCCAAAUUGACUAUUAUUUUUUAAAAUGUUGUCACUUGGAUAAUAAUUUACCACAGAUUUUCUGUUUAUUGAAUAUAUACCUUUUGUUAAUGACAGGAGAAUUAUACAAGAUAAUGACAGGAGAGUUAUAACAUGAGUUUAAGUGGAAUAACUGUAUGAGUGGAGAUAGGAAGAUACAGGAGUGGAUACUGGAUAAGAGAUUAUGACAUUUCCUUUUAGAUCGAAAUCGAAAUAUGUAUUGAUUGUGAAGACUUCUUUUAUUUUGAUUAUAAAAAAGGCCAAAAAACCUCUUGAUCAUUGAUGCUUCGGUAUGAAAUCAUAGAGAUAUCAUUCUGUGAUGUCAUAAGGAUAAAUGCUGCAAUAACUGCUUGAACAUUCUAUUACAUCCCAGACAUAUCUAAGGCUGUGAGCUCCACUACACAUAAAUCUUCAAUGUGUAUAGAUUGCUAACUCACCUGCAUGUGCAAAGCAAUUGCUGCCCAGUCGUUACAUAUGUCUCAUCCUGUGGGGAUUGGGCCAGUGAUAUAACAGGAAGGGGGACAUUAGAAUUAAUCAAUGGGGGUGGAUAGCUCACUGUCCACCACAUGCCCCAGUCCAUGGUGAAUGAGUGUGAGCUAUUAUAAAAUAAGGGUGGGACACCUAGUAUCCUCCCCCCAGCUCAUAGUGAUGGGCAGCACUGGAUGGGGGUUCUAAUUAUAAUAUUAUGGGGGGAAGACCUAGUGUUUCCCUCCAGCCCCAACCCAUGGGUGGUUGGGGCUCUUAAAAAUUAAACAAUGGGGGUGGACAAUUGGGCACUUGAUAAAGCCCCAGAAGGUAAAAUGUGUUGUGGAUUUUAAAGUGUUUUUUUUUUUACUAGAGUAUUGUUUGGCUACCUCUAUUUUGAGUUUUUGCCACAUACUUUUUAGUCAUUUUACCUUUUUAGUUUGUUUUUUACCUGGCAUCCUGUUCCUAUCAUUGGUGACAUUGGCAGACACCCAUUAUAGCAUCCAAGGUGGGGAUUUUACCACCUACUCCUCAUACACAGAGCAUUUGUGUCUGCUCUCCAGAAUGUAAGUUUUCAACCAUUUCCUUUAUAUCUACAUAAUACAGAGAACACUAUUGUCGUUUUUCCUCUUUUUAUGUGGUGUAUCAUAUUACCAUUUUGUUGUGAGACAACAUCAAGGAGGUAUCCUAUAAGUGGGAAUUUAUACCACUGUAUGCUGUUUUAUCUGGAGCUGAUUUAAGCUCCACUACACGUGAGUUGCCAUCUUACAUAUUGUGUGCACCUCACUGUACUGGCAUAUUGCACUAUUGGCUUCUUUCUUGUUCUCUUUUACAUGUUGCCAAAAAAACAAAGCCUUUACCAAAACCACUGCAUGAAAAUUUGAGACUUUAGAGAAUACUGUUUUGGGACUGUUUUCAUAUCUGAACCCUAUGUUUUUGUCCAUGUUAUGAAAUUACCUGGUUUUAUUUAUCUUUUAUCUGAUUGAAAGUGUUUAUUUUUUUACCUACUUUAGUUUUAUUUAAUUUUUUUGGCUUGUCCUGUUUUUUGCUCUUUCUGGCAGCAUCAUUAGUACGUCAUUAGCCAGACCAAAACAUGGAUUCCGGGUUGCCUAAUGUCAAUUCUGUGCAUAGAGAAUCAUUCACUGACUUAGAGCUGUCAGCAGACGUACUCAGCCAAUGAAUGGCCAGUGGCAAGGUUCAAAAUUGUAUGUGCUAUGCUACUAAUCAAUUAAUUGCCACUGCAAGCCAUUGUGAAUUUUUACUCACCAGGGCUAAAUUUUCACUCAGAAAUGGCAAGUGGAAAUUUUGAGCCGUGACUGGCAGGAUCAGCAUCCAGCAUCUGCAAUUCGGCAGAAGCCAAUUUAACGUCACCCAGAGAACGGGGUCAGAGUACUCACAUCAUAAGCACUAUAGCAGGUUAUGUGUUACAGUGUUUAUGAUGCUUUCAGUAAACGUUUAAUUCAAUUCAGUUUACUAUUUAGGGAAUAAAGUCCCAGAUGUUGCAACUGGUUUCCAUUUACACGCACAAUCUGGACUAAAUCACCACUUUUGAAAAAAGAGUUUAAUAAAUUAUUUAAAGGGACACUUUGCCCCAAAAACAACUCCAUCUCAGUAAAGCUGUUAAGGGAGCAGGAGUCCCUUGGCACCCUUUUACGUCACACUGUUAAGCUGUUUUCAAACUGUUUAACCCUGUCUGAAGAUGUGUCCCGGUGCCUAUCCACAUUGUUUCCUCUCUUUUUCUCAAGCUGCCAUACUGAUAAGGAUCCAUUGGUUUGAGCGUCAAUUGGCAGCUGAUGCUCUCAGCCGGUCCUCAGCACUGCUAAUCCUUUUUUAGAAGUACGGUGGCUGCGAGGAGGAGAGAAGAGGGUGUGCAAACGGGCAUCCUAGGGACUUCUGGGUUAAACCAUUUGAAAAUGGUUUAACACCGCAAAAUAGUAUUCCAACCCCCAUAAAAACUUCCCUGAUAUUAUGUUAUUGUGGGGCAGGGGCGUUAAAUGCAGAACAUUUAUAAAUGAUAUUAAAAUUCUCUGCUCUGUGUAGAACAUUCCUCACAGUUUACAAAAUAAAAAGUUCAAAAAAAUUUCUAUAGACAAUCUGAUUAUUAUUUUGAAUGGUGCACUAGUUUUGCAUCAUUUACUAGAGAAACAACACAUACAGUGCUGGGUCUUGCUUGGCUAGGAUUUUUAUUCAUCAUCUGUACAUGUUUACAAACUUGCCAGUUGAGCAGUGCAAUGUGACACAGUGUACACUGAACUAUGACUCAGUGCAGUAGUGUCCUCAAAGACAUGUGUACUGUACUUACAGGAUGUGUCACAUGAGGAACCCAUGGACAAUCUAGUUAUGUCAUGAAAGUGCAUGAUUUUGCACACAUCUUGUAAAACGGAAUAAGGAACAAUCCGCUUCUAAAUAAACAAGCUUUUAUGAAGGAGAACGGAUCUAUAUAUAUAUAUCUACAUAUGUAUAUUGAAAGUGAUGGACAUACAGUCGUUAGAUAGAUAGAUAGAUAGAUAGAUAGAUAGAUAGAUAGAUAGAUAGAUAGAUAUACAUACAUAAGUAGUUACCAGUGGCAGCUGGUGAAGUUUAGAGAUGCAGCCCCCCACAUGUUGGGUUCUACCCAAUUAACCAAAUGACACUCUGUUAAAUUCGUACUGUAAUAUAUUCAGCAAUCCAGCUAGUGGGGGUUUACUUCCUUACCCAUGAUGCUCAGCCAAAUAAAAAGUCUGACUUGGCUGAAGAUCACAACAACAGCUGUCAUCAUUUUUUUAAUAUGCUUAACAAGCAAUGGAAAUGAAAAUGACAGCAGAUUACAUAAUCAUGGAGAAUAACACAGGUCUGCUCUAUUAAAACUACAUCUCCCGUCAGCCACCACAAGCAGCCUGCGAGCGAGACGUAGCUCAGCCUAUGGGGGAGGCGCGCAGCCGGAAAUAAUCAAGCAGCCGAGCAGCAUGGCGCUCCUGGGAGCCCUGAGCAGGUAGAGUAUGGUGUCAGAUCGGGGACAUGGUGCGCAAUUAUCACCUUACAGUCCGGGUCUCCAUGGUGACUGUGGAAGAUAGAAUUCUAUAACCUACAUGGAGUGUGUUCCAGAAUUCUAAAGGACAAGGGUCAGCACCCUAUCGUUAAAGGUCACUGCUGUCAUUGUACUCGAUACGCAAUAUCAUUUUGGAAAAAAUGUGUUCUACGUGUAAUAUUUCUGAUUUUACUGCUCUCUGUUCCUGGCCCAGUACGUCUACUUUUUACCUCCAUCUCCAAAAGUAAUUGCUGGGUUUUAAUGUUUGUCUAUAAUGUAUACUGAAGUUAUGAGGUCGUCACAUAAUACCUCACAGGACUAAAUGUAUUUAUAUGGUGCAUUACUCUCUCAUGGAUUGUACUUGGCUACAAGGUCCUCAGUGGGUGUCUUGCAUGGAGCCCAGAAUAAUGCAGAAAAUUAGAACAUUCAUGGUUAUUCAUGAGCUGAGAUAGUCUACCUUUUAAUUCCCCACCAUAUAACUAAAUAUUCUAGCGUUCUAUCGUGGCCCAACAUUGAUGAGGUAUAAAACUAAUGUGUAAAUUAAAGGACCACUAUAGUGCCAGGAAAACAUACUCGUUUUACCUGGCACUAUAGUGCCCUGAGGGUGCCCCCACCCUCAGGGUCCCCCCCGGCUCUGGAAGGGGGAAAAGGGGUUAAAACUUACCUUUUUCCAGCGCUGGGCGGGGAGCUCUCCUCCUCCGAUCCUCCUCUUCUCCUCCCCGUCGGCUGAAUGCGCGCGCGGCAAGAGCUGCGCGCGCAUUCAGCUGUCUAUAGGAAAGCAUUAUCAAUGCUUUCCUAUGGAGCGUGCUCUCACUGUGAAAAUCACAGUGAGAAGCACGCAAGCGCCUCUAGUGGCUGUCAAUGAGACAGCCACUAGAGGAAAUAGGGGAAGGCUUAACCCAUUCAUAAACAUAGCAGUUUCUCUGAAACUGCUAUGUUUAUGAAAAAAUGGGUUAACCCUAGCUGGACCAUGCACCCAGACCACCUCAUUAAGCUGAAGUGGUCUGGGUGCCUAGAGUGGUCCUUUAAGGCAGAACUUGACAUGUGUUCACUUUUUAAAGGAAUGCUAAAGGCACCCAGACUAUGUCCAUGAAGCCCUGUCAUUUUACACAUUGCUGUUUAGUAGAUAUGUUUUGAUUGCAGGGCCAAACACACCUCUAGUGGCUCUUGUCCUGACAGUAAUUAGAGUGUGCUUCUGCCACAACGACUGAGUUUGACUCUGUUAUGUGACGUUGGAUGUUGAAUGUCUUUAAAUGCUGAUUACAGGGAAGCAUCGCUGAUUACAGGGAAGCAUCACUGCUUCCCGAUGAGAAUCAUUUGAUUUGAUUCUCGUCUCCAGUGUUUCUUUGUGAGAAGCAUUGGAUUGGAUCAGAAGCCAAGUAAAUGAUGCUUGUAGGAUGAUCGUGUAGGUGGAGCAGGCUGCAGCACAGAGUGAAUUCCGGGCACUAUAGACAACUUCAAAUCAUUGUGUCAAAUCAAAGUGUCAUGGUGCUUGGAAUAGCAUUUUUAGCAAACAGAAGAAUUGUAUUGUAAAUUACAGUACCAAAGGGCCAUUUUACACAGAUUUCACUCCCACACUCUGGAAUAACUCCCUUAUACAUAUCUUAUUUGUCCUAAUGUGUCUUUGUAAAACUUUAAAGACUGAAUUUAUAUCCUAUACACGUGUUGCUUCAUGUACAUGGGAAGAAUGUAGAAAAAAACAUUUUAUAACAUUUUAGCAUUCAAAUUACUUAUUUUGUUCUAAUGGGAAUGUUUAGGGUAAUGUAUAAGCAAUUCUAUGUGAAAUUGGGGAAAUUACAUUUCCUUGUUGAUUGUCACUUAUAGAACUAUGAUACCUGGCUGCAUUUUAUCUAUCACUCCGAUGCUUUUUUUUUGUCUCUCUUUAUAUUUUCAAAAACUUUUAAAUGAACUAACAAAAGGAAUGAGAAAUAUAAACAUUGUCAUUAAUGUAAUUUUAAAAUGUGCUUUGUCUUCAAAAGGUUAUUCUUGACGAAGCCACUGGUAAACCCUGUUUGUGCACAGCAGCGGACAUUUGCUAAUUUUUCACAGGGGUUCAACCAGCUUCAGGCCCCAUUCUCGUCUAUAGCAGCCGGUCAUGGAAUACUAACUCGCAAUAUGCCCUCGCAUUGGCACUUGCAGCAAGUUCGUUUUAAGAAGAGAGGAAUGGAGUACCAGCCUAAAUUCCUGAAGCGCAAGAGAACUCAUGGGUGGCUGAAAAGAAUAAGCACAAGAGGUGGAAUAGAAGUUAUCCUUCGAAGAAUGUUAAAAGGCCGAAAAUCUUUGACGCAUUAAAUCUCCCACUUUUCUGUCUGUCCAAAUUAACAAAAGUCUUGUAAUUAAAGUGCAC